AUGAUGAUAUUCAAGACACAAAAAAAAUUUAGUAAUGAUUGAGUGAGUGAUUUGAAGUUGGAGUUUCCCUAUUAUAUACGUACGACUGCCACCAUUGUCUGUACCAUUGUGUUGAUAAUGGGUACCACAGGUAACCUACUGGUGCCCAUCGUUGUCAUUAAGACCAAAGAGCUACGAAACUCAACAAAUUUGUUUCUCAUAAAUCUCAGUAUAGCUGAUCUGCUCGUAUUAAUUGUUUGUAUGCCUACGGUUCUCAUUGAAUUACAUACUAAACCAGAGAUCUGGCAUUUGGGUGAAUGGAUGUGCAAAGCGGUUCCGUUUGUCGAACUAGUCGUAGCUCACGGUUCUAUACUUACAAUACUUGCCAUCUCUUUUGAAAGAUAUUACGCAAUUUGUAAGCCACUGAAAGCUGGCUAUAAGUGCACAAUUCGUCGGGCGGUCAUCAUUAUCGGUGUCCUAUGGAGUGUGGCUUUUGUGGCCACUAUUCCGGUGCUAUUCGGCACAGAGCUAUCACAGGCGCGCUAUGUGGACAAUAGUGUCGUAUCGGUGUGUCUGACCAAUGCCAACACCGAUUGGCAAAAGAUCUACUAUUUUUUGACGAUGACUGCAUUUUUCUGGUUACCGUUAUGUGUAUUGCUUGUCAUCUACUGUAUUAUAACCAAACGGCUGAUCCUCGACGACCGUAUCGACAGCACUUCCGGUCGAAUCACAUGCAAUGCAGAGCACAUCCAAAUGCGAGCCCGACGUCAGGUUGUGCUUAUGUUGGCCGCCGUAGUCAUCUGUUUCUUCAUAUGUUUGCUACCAUUCCGUGUGUUUACUCUAUGGAUGAUAUUCACUACCGAAGAUCCGAUUAGUCAGCUAUCGAUGGAAUCGUUUUAUAAUAUAUUAUACUUCUGUCGCGUCUUAUUAUAUGUCAACUCAAUGCUGAAUCCGUGUCUGUAUGCAGUUGUCAGCUCCAAGUUUAGGGAAGCCUUUAUGAUUGUGCUGUGCUGUCAACGCAAGAAUCGCCAAUUGAUCCGACACUCGACGUUCAAUACGACCAACAGCUCUGUAGUGUUGAGUUCAUUGAAGAACAGUCUCAACAGCGGAACCAAUGGUGGCAACCAAUGUAGUGGCGUCGGUGGCGGCGCCAUUUCCGCGACAAAUAUGAACAAUAACGGUGGCACCAAUAGCUGUGCAACCAUUACCAAUGCCACUGUCCAUCAGCAGACGUCAAGUCAGGAAACACCUCUUAUGGCGUACACAUCCGUCAGGAAUCCACUGUUUGAGCCGCGAAUCGACGGCCCGACUAUUAAACAACUUCUCGACGAUUUAGCCGACGAUAACAUUGAUAUUCGCGUCAAAUACCAGUCCAUAGAUAUAGACAGUCAGUCACUUUUGAAAGGAACUCCAGCUGAGGAAAGUUGUGUAUAA